AUGAAUCACAGAGAUCACUUGACCAAUAAGCAAACCGAAAGAGCGACAGACAUCGGGCAUGUGGAGAUGAAGGCUAGAAUAGCGGGGUCUGUCGAAGAGGACACUAAUAUAAGGGAAAACGAGUUUACGUAUGCCGAAGGAGGAAGAACUGCAUGGCUAGUGACAUUUGGAUCCUUUUUAGGGAUAUUGCCCACCUGGGGUUUGUAUUUCAGUGCAGGUAUUGUGCAAACUUAUAUUGCCAGUAAUCAAUUGGCUAGUGUAUCGACAUCCACAAUUUCCUGGAUCUUUUCGGUGUAUAAUUUCUUUAUGCUCGGCUCCGGAGUAUUUUCGGGAAUGUACUUUGACCGUAAUGGGGCUAAAAAGCCUCUCAUAAUCGGUUCUUGCAUGUUCCUCGCAGGCAGUUUUGCACUUGGAAAUUGUUCAAAGGUUUGGCAGUUCGUCAUUUGUCUGAGCUGUUUGAAUGGAAUCGGCACUGGCGUUUUGUCGAGCCCACUUCUGGGGGUUAUAUGCCAUUAUUUUGAUAAAAAGAGAUCUCUGGCCACGGCUUUAGCAAUCAAUGGUGGCAGCAUUGGAGGUGUUGUGUAUCCAUUGGUUUUGAGAUCCCUCUAUACCAAAGUAGGAUAUCCUUGGACUAUGCGCAUCAUGGCAUUCAUGGCGGCUGUAUUCUUAUUAGCUGCACUAGCGCUGGUCAAAGAGGAUCCGUCGAAACGGCCCAUACCAGAACCGGUUGAAAAUGGCGGCACAAAUCAAAGAUGGAGGGACUUUUCAUAUUAUCUGUUGAACUCAUUUGAUUAUAAAGCACUAUCACAACCCAAGUUCCUGUUUUGUACAUUGGCUACGUGUUUGGCAGAACUUGCUACGGGGACAACUCUAACAUACAUCACAUCCUAUUGCGUUGAGGUAGGAUAUGAAGAAAAUGAAUCAUUUUUGAUCAUUACUGUUCUCAACUCACUAUCCAUUGUCGGCGGUUACUUUUAUAGCUUUGUUGCAGACUAUUGGGUGGGAAGAUUUAACGUCAUGAUCUUCAUAAAUCUUUUUCUAGGAAUUGUUCCUCUGAUUAUGUGGCUUCCUUUUGGGCACAAGAGCCAAGGCGUCUUAUUUGCAUUUAGCGCAAUAUAUGGAUUUCUCUAUGGAUCUCUGCUAAAUCUAGCACCUGUAUGUUGCGGUCAGAUUUGUAGAACUGAUGAGUUUGGCCGUCGGUAUGCCACAAUGUAUUUGCUUGUUGGGUUGGCUUUUCUCGUUGGUAUCCCCAUCACUGGUGCGAUGAUUAGCAACGAAACACUACAAAAUUAUCAGCACUGCAUUAUCUUUAUAUCUCUAAUGUCAAUUAUGGCUAGCUUGCUCUAUUUCCUGAGCAAGAGCUUUGCCACGAAAACUACGAUGGCAUCAGGCGCUCAUUCAAGUAAUUCCUCCACGUUCCUUUCCCUCCUAUAUAAAAGUGCUAUCAAGCGCUUUUAG